AUCAUUUCACACUUUUCUUGCUCUUAGUAUAAUGUCAUUGACACAGUAGCCUACUUGUCAUCUAAUUCACUGAUCUGGGUGGGUCUUGUUUUGAUUCUUGGGACCAUCUCUCACCUUCUCCCAUUAAUAUAAUCACUGAUUUCCAGACGGGUUUUUCGUUUUCGUGCAUAAAAGUAUUUGUUUAUGCAAUUCGGCAUCCAUUUUCCCAAGACUCUCUCUCCUUUUUUAUCUUUUCACUCUUGAGGAGUGAAUUCUCUCCUCUGCUUUCAAGCAAAGUUGCUUCAACUUUUUCUCUUUUUUCACCUUUUCUUUAUGCUUUCUUGCCUUUUGGUAUCUGGGUUUCUGUGUGUUCGCUUUUGGUGAUUCAUAAUCAUAUCAAGAAUGGGGUUUUCAAGAAAUAGUUGCACCAACUCUAUAGAGCCUCUCCACGCCUCGUUUUCCUCCAAAGCGCCAGCUCUAGGCCCUACUGAUGAUCAUGAGUACUGUGAGAACUAUGAAUUUGAUGAUUUCGAAGUAAAGUUCAAGUCUUUACUGUACAAAAUGAUCUGGGAUUUUGGUUUGGGUUGCGUCAUUCCCCACCGCCGGCGCCGGAGCUCCGGCAAGAAUGAGGAGAAGGAGGGUAACUGCGGUGGCCACAAUUUGGAGCACAAUAAGGCCUGGCUGCUGGCCGAGUCUGGUGGCUGUGGCGCGGAGGAGCCACACUCGGUUCACUCUUCUUUCAGGUUCAGUUUGUGCUCUCAAGUUGAGCUCGAGUCGAUGGCCGUAAAAAGCAGCUGUUCUUCUGCUACUGUCUUGAUGGUGAAUUUGGACAAUGGUUUCUUGACUGAUUCUAAGUCUAAAGAGCUGAAAUGGAGGAGAAUUGAAUCACUGGAGAGGAGUAUUUCUCCUGUUGCACACUCUUUGAUUCGGUUCAGCUACUCAGAAAUUUUCUCUGCCACAAGAAAUUUCUCUAAAGGUAGAGUUUUGGGAAGAGGAGCAUUGAGCUGUGUGUUUAGAGGAAGAGUGGGAUUUCGAAGAACUGCAGUGGCAAUUAAGAGGUUGGAUAAAGAAGACAAGGAAUCAUCAAAGGCGUUUUGUAGGGAAUUGAUGAUUGCUAGUUCUCUGCAUAAUCGGCACAUCGUUCCCCUGGUGGGAUUUUGCAUUGAUGCUGAGGAGGGCUUGUUUUUGGUCUACAAGUAUGUUUCCGGUGGAAGCCUAGAGCGAUUCUUGCACGAGAAGAAGAGGGGAGUGAAGGGUGGCCCUGCACUUCCUUGGUCGGCCCGGUAUAAGGUUGCCUUGGGAAUUGCCGAGGCAAUUGAGUAUUUGCAUAACGGAACGGAAAGAUGCGUUGUUCAUAGGGACAUUAAGCCCUCAAACAUCCUUCUUUCUUCAAAAAAGACACCCAAGUUAUGUGACUUCGGAUUAGCAUCAUGGACUCCUGCACCAUCAAUUCCAUUCCUUUGCAAGACUGUUAAAGGCACAUUUGGGUACUUGGCUCCUGAAUAUUUCCAGCACGGUAAAGUAUCCGAUAAAACUGAUGUUUAUGCCUUCGGGGUCGUGCUCUUGGAACUAAUAACCGGCAGGAAGCCAAUUGAGUCAAAAAGAGGACCAGGAGAAGAAAAUCUGGUUUUGUGGGCAAAGCCACUACUACAACAAGGAGGCCUGGAAAAACUGCUUGAUCCACGUCUAAAAUUCCACCCAAAGAACUCAACUCAGGUAACCCGUAUGGUUCGAGCAGCAACUGCCUGCAUAAACAACGAGGAGUCCCGCAGGCCCGAGAUGAGCGAGAUCAUCAGGAUACUGAGAGGAGAUGAGACCAGAGGCUUAAGCAGAAAGAAGGUUAUCUUGCCAGCAAACAGCACUGUGAUUGAAUGUUACCCUCAGUUGCAACGAACAAAGAGCGAGAUGAAGAGCCACUUUGCAUUGGCCAUGCUGGGAGUUGAGCUUGAGGACGACGAUUACCUGUACUCCCGGUGACACCACUGUAACUUUUGAAAUCUUCUGCCUCGGUUAUUGGUUAUCCUCGGGCUUUUUCAUUGCAUAGAUUUCGAUUGUUUUUCCGGUCGAGCUCUUUGUUGUAGGUCUUUUUUCCAAGAAAUGAAACAUUAACCUUAGAAUUUAACAGUGUUUGAUUUUUGUAUAGAACUGAUAGCUGUUGUGAUUGUAUAGCUCUGCAUUUUUUUCCAUAACAUGGAAGAAUGGCAUCGAUUAUUUUUUGCCAAGUUAAAAGAGUGCAGAGGAUUUAAUUUGAACAAGUGUAGAUUGA